AUGAUAGAGAGAAAUAUGGACCUAGAGCCCGAUGGUUCGUGUGCGAAGCAACGGAGACCAUGCAGUGUCCAACAGAUCGAAGAGGUGAAAUGCCUGAUAAAAACAUGUCCAAUAUGGGUAUCAGGUAUUGUUAGCUUCACUUCAAUAGUACAACAAGGAACAUUUACUGUGUCACAAGCCGAGAUAAUGGACCGACACCUUGGAGAAAAAUUUCAAAUCCCGGCUAGUUCCAUUAUCGUCAUAUCAAUGAUAACAAUAGCAUUAUGGCUCCCAUUCUAUGACAGAAUCCUAGUACCGGCCCUUCGAAAAGUUACAAAACGUGAAGGUGGAAUCACACUUCUCCAAAGAAUUGGAAUUGGGAAUGUAAUCUCUGCUCUAUCCAUGCUAGUAGCUGGAUUGGUGGAGAGGGAGAGAAGGGCUGCGGCAAUUUCACACCCUCAGGCUGCACCCAUGUCGGUCUUUUGGCUAGCUCCACAACUUGUGUUAAUGGGGUUAUGCGAUGCAUUCGUCAGUAUUGGGCAAAUUGAAUUUUUUAACAAGGAGUUUCCUGACAGCAUGAAAAGCCUUGGUAACGCUCUUUUCUAUUGUUCAUAUGCUGGUGCAAGUUACGUUAGUGCCUUGGUAACCAGCGUUGUUCAUAAAGUUACUGGAACGAGCCACCACCCUGACUGGCUGACAAAUGAUCUAAAUGCCGGCAAAUUGGAUUACUUCUACUUCGUUUUGGCAGGAAUGGGGGCUCUCAAUUUGAUUUAUUUCCUGCCUGUUGCUCAUCGAUAUCGUUAUAAAGUCACUGCUGCACAAUUACCGGAAGACAAAAUAAUCCCUCUAUCAAGUGAAUGA